CCUGGCUCGAUGUCUUCGAGCAGCCGGCGUCGGCUGCUUUCGUAUUGCCCUGCCCGUCUGAGGUACUAUGGCGGCAUCAUCUGGGCCACGGUCCUCUCUCUGGGCGUCGGUGCACUCACGGGCUUGCUGCACUCGGGGACGGCCGAGGCCAUGGACGUCCUGGCAUGCUCCAUCGGCUACUUUUGGGACACCAAGAGAUGCCAAGAGGAGCUGGGCAUCAAGGAGGGCACGUCACUGCGCGCCUCGAUGCCCUCGUGGGUCCCCGAAGAGAUCGUCAUGCUGGCGGUGACCGCACUGGGAGGUAAGGGACGCAGGCAGCCGACUUGACUUGAUUUGCCACACCACAGACAUAUGGACGUGGAUGCACUCGCGUCAUCUGUGUGUGUCGUGUGUGUGCCUUGACAGCAUUGGUGUCUGUGGGUCUGAUCCACACACUGGCUCCCGAGUGCGGCGGGGAUGCCGUCAUUGACACCAAGAAGGCCAUGGCGAGGGGAGGACCCUACCAUCUCAAGGUGGGCAUGUAUGGCCACACACACACCAAAGAUCGAUGGCGCAUCUGUCCCAUUUGUUCGCUCACGUGUUUGCUGCUGCUGCUGCUUGUGAUGCCUGCACGGCAGGCGGCUUUGAUGCGGGUCAUCACAACAGGCUUCUACGUGGGCACAGGUGCACUUCAGUCAUGGGUGGCUGAGUGUGUGUCCAUCCAUCAUAUCAUUGGUCUGUAUGGUGUGCUGUGUGGUGUGAGCAGGCAAUCCGCUGGGCAUCAUCACGCCUCAGAUGUACAGUAGUGCCCUCGUCGCUGCCGUGCUCGCUAAAUGCUUCAAACACGCCUACCCGCCGUCAUCGUGGGUACACUCCAACACACAGACAACAAGCACACGGAUGGGGCACUUCUCUCAAUCUGUCUGUCUGUCUGUUCAGAUGAUUGUGGGUGCUGCAAGCGGCAUUGCCGCCGCCUUCAACGCUCCCGUGGCUGGUCUGGUGUAUGUGCUGGAGGUGCUCAUGGACAACUGGCUCAAGGCAAGAGUGGCUGACGUCCUCGCGGCAUCACUCGCCGCGGUCGCCCUGGAGAAGCUCCUGCUGCGCAGAGAGGGGUCAACAGCCACGGGUGGUUCCAACCACCCCUUCUACCCGGAGCUGACAAACUUCGAGAACUUCGAAUCAGACUACCGCUUGUGGAUGCUGCUGUGCAUCCCUAUCGGCGCCCUGUGCGGCCUCGCGGGCCACGCAUUCGUCCGAGUGGUUCUGUACCUUGACUGGGUGCUCGACGGCAAGGCGCAGGGCGGAGAGACUGUCGAGAGAAUUCGCAAGUGGACCCGGAAAGUGCCGCGCUUUCUGCAUCCGGUCCUGGCGACCGUGGUCAUCACUCUGAUGGGCAGCAUCGCAUACAGGACCAUGGAGACCCGACGCGUCUGGGGGUCGGGCAGGCGCGUUCUCGGGGACGCCUUCACCAAGGGCCGAGAGAAACCCACGUGGUGGUUUGUGGUGCUGUUUGUGGUCAAGUUUGUGGCCAUUGUUGCGGCUAAGGCGUCGGGGGGCCCUGGCGAUCUGGUGGAUCCGUCCAUCGUGCUGGGCGGGCUGCUGGGUGGCAUGGUGGGUGGCCUGGGAGUCUGGUCAGCGCGCGACGGGGCCGGGAAGGCCUUCUAUGGGUGCUUUCUGUUCGGGAUGGGUGGCUUCAUGACGGCCCUGCUGCGGACGCCCGUCACGGCCAUCAUCGUCAUGUACGACCUCACAGGUGAGCCCCGGAAUGCUCACAAGGGUCUGCUGGCAAGGUGUGGUGUCUGUCGCCUUGUGUCUGGCAGGUGCCUACAGUCUGAUCCUGCCGAUCAUCUUGUGCAACUACAUCUCCUACUGGGUGGCCCAGCGGCUCUCAGAGGAGUCCUUCCACACCCUCCUGCUGCUGCACGAAGGCAUCUCACCCGACGCAAUCGACCUCGCCAUCCAGGACAGAGUGCCCUACGCCACCAUGGUCGGCGCCCCAGAGCAAAACUCAUCUCAAUAUGCCGCCUCUGCCGGCUCGCCAGCUGGUGGGUCAGCCUCAUCGACUGCAGCAGCAGAGGCCCACGUGCAGCCGGCCGUGGCCAGCCCCACAAAACGGGCGCCUGGUGGUGCGGGGCAGGGCACGUCGAGCUCCGCCAGAGAGGCGGGGGAUGUGAUCAUGAAGGAGCUGGUGCGCGUGUACGGCAGGAGGGAGACCAAUGGCACCACCGACACCAAUGGCACCGCUGGCACCACGAGUGCUGGUGGUGCUGGUGGUGCUGGUGGGGGGAGGGACGGUGGUGGUCAGCAGGGUGCUGCUGAGAGGGAGCGGGAGAGGGAAGAUGAUUUGAGUAAGAGGUCAUGGACCGAUAGCCAGUGAGGGAUGGGCCCACCUCUUCGUGUGUGUGUGGCAAGUCAAAAGGUGUUUCGUCUGUGUGUGCAUCAAUCAAAUGAGCUCGUGCCCUUUAUCCAGUGAGCAGGGAGGAGCCAGGACGGUGCUUGUCUGUCGAGCAAGAGACUCUUACAAGCCGGAUGUGUCUGUUUUUCGCGUUGGACCAUGACUGGUGGCCGUCCCUUUUUUGGUUGCUAGGAACUGACUGAGGCGAGAGGGAGGGAUUAAGACGUCACGAUGUGCUGCACGGCACGGAUGGAUGUACAGUAUGAUAGCAC